AUGGUGAGGACAAGGAAAAAUAUCGAAAAUAUGGAAAUUUAUGACUACAUGAAGGAACUGAGUGAAAAAAUAUGGACCUACCUGUUUGAGGACUCCCUAGCACAUGAGGCAAUAUUACAGUCGCUAAACGAGUUAGAACAAAUUAUUAUCUCAAGAUUGUUAUUCAUACAGCAGGUGGUGUCCGAGAGAGCAAUGCGCUUGUGGAUAAAUCCAAACUCUCUAAAGAAAUUAAGUGAAUGUAUAAAAAAUCUGGUCGAAGCAAAAAUACUUGUAGAGAGCGAAACGAAAAAGGAUAAUUACAAUCAGUACAGAAUAAAUGAAAAAUUCAGAUAUACAAUGCUAAACAAAAUUUAUAAAAAUAGAGAAGACAGAAUUUCCAUAUUUAAUAAUAACGCUAAGGAGCAAAUGGAAAAAGAAAAAAAUCUUCUUGAAAAUAAUUUAUAUCCAACGAAGGAAGAAAUUCUGAAUUAUACACACAUGAGAUGGAACAAUUUGCUCCAUUUCAUUGCUUCCCCCAAGUUAAGUCAUAUGAACAAUUAUAUGAUUUACAAUAAUGGCAUAUCAGUGGAGCAUAGACAGGAGGUAUAUCCUCCACAUGCUACUUUUCCAGUCAACCGAAAUGAUGAUCAGGGUGACCCGAACAGGAAUAAAAAUGUAGACAAAUCAACCUCUUCCAGUUACACCCCUUCGAAGAAAGGAAGGAAAAAAAAUCAAACAGACGAUGAGGAGUACCGACCUCAUGGCUACUUCGUCCAUGGUGGAACUGCUCACAAUGUGGUGAAUUACGCCACGGGAAAGGAGGAUGAGGAAGACGACCAACCUGUCGGUGAUGACGACAACGGUGAUGACGACAACGAUGAUGACUCCGAUGAGAGGGAUAACUCAGACAAUGGAGACCACAAUGCCGAGGAGGCAAACCAAAUCCAUGGAGAAAAAUACGAGACAAAUCCAAAUGAAGAGGUCAAAUAUGAUCAGAAAUAUGACCAGUACGGGUACUACCAUAAACAGAGUGAAUCUGUGGAAGCCCCCCCAAAUGGAAGCGCACACAAUCUGAAUAGUCUGGGUCCAAAUCAGUAUUAUACCCAUCAUAGCAGUAAGAAGAGGAAGAAGAAAAAGAAAAAGGGAGUUUAUGCAUACAAGCAAAAUGAUCUAUAUUAUAGGAGCUUGCAAAAUGAGGAAAAUGGCUACCUGGAAGAAGACAAUAAUGAUUAUUCAUUUUUCUAUUCCAGUGCAAAGAAGGAAACCUUCCCUUCGUACACCCCAUGUGAUAGUCUAAUCGAAGUACUCAAGAGGAAAAACUUCAUACUACAAGAUGAUGCGAAUAGUAACAAGACAGUGAACAUGAGUCGAGAAGCUUUCUCAUGGUUCCUCAAGGACAUACGAAGUAGGAUAAUUUCCUUAGUGCUCGAAUAUUUGCUCAUAGUAGACGAUGGCUACCUCUCAAAUGUCGCACGGGAAAUUUCGACCAAAUAUAAGAAGGCCAAUAGUAACGCAGAUGCCAGUAGUGGUGGAGGAAAUUCUGCGAAUGCCCAAGAUGGGGAAAGCGAUUACGGUACUUAUACCACUUAUGCGAAUAAUAGCACCUACCCCCAACGCCGUGGAAGUAACGACUUGUAUAGCGGCCAAAUCCCCACAACCCAUCAACAGAAGGUAAAAAAUGAUGGAAGUGGAAACCCGUGCUAUGUGACGGAAGAAAAUAAGGAGCACAAAAAAUCAGAAUUGUAUGUGAAAGAAACCUUAUUGCUGAUCCUAUCCAUUAGUCAGUGCACUAUUAGUCAUCCCAUAUACCUCGAUAAUUUAACAAAAGCACAGAAGGAAUUUAUAAAUUUUGGUAUACACAUAGGUCUCUUUUUAAAGCGCGCUGAGGACUAUGUCUUUGUAACUCCGUACGCGUUACUUCUAACGAUUAAUAAUUUGAAUGUACAGAAUUACGUGACUGUGAUGAACAAUCUCACAGUGGAGGGGGUAUCUGAAAACACAUACAACGAGUAUAUCUCUCAUGGCGAGGAUGGGGUAGACAAUCAUCUACCCAGUAACAGCAACAAUGUUAUGGCCACACACAACAUAGGCAUGGGAAGACAUGGUCAUAAUGAUGGAGAGGCGAAGAAGAUAAGCGAAAAAUAUUUUCAUCACUAUUUCCUCUUACAAGAGGAGAAGAGAAGACCAUCCCCCCUGAUAAGUGGUACCCAUGAAUAUAUGGACAAAACAAAACUCACACACGAAUUAGCUAGCCUUGCCUUAUCCCAAGAAAAAAAAAUGAAUGGAAAUAAUAACCUCGAAAUGGGGUUAAUUGUACAGAGCAACUUCAAAGUCUACCUCUACACCAACUCAACAUUGAAAAUAAACAUCUUAAGUCAUUUAUGUGAAUUACAAGCGAGGACACCUAACAUGGUGGUAGGAAUUUUAACAAGAAGAAGUGUGCUAAAUGCAUAUAACUCCGACAUCACUGCAAAUCAAAUAAUUAAAUUUUUGGAAUCCUAUGCUCACCCAGGAAGAAGCAACUUUAAAAGCUCCAUACCUGUUAAUGUUAUUACGCAAUUGAAGUUGUGGGAAUCGGAAAGACAUAGAUUAACUCUGGACGAUGCUAUCGUCUUUAAGUCUUUCGAAAAGGAAUUCCUCCCUCAUCUGUAUCAACAAAUCGUUGUCUGGGCUAAUAGCAAAAAUUACCUAUUGCAUUAUACACCCUGGCCCAAAAAUGCCAACUCCCCAGAAUUCGACGCCUGGAUGAAGGCGGAAAAGUACCUCUGCUGCAUUUACGAAUCGAAGAAUGAAAUUAUCGAUAAGAUUAAGGAAAUUAGGGAGAAGCUUAUGAAAAAGCGGCAAAACGCGUAA